UGCCGCGACACAAAACGACUUGCUUGCUGGUGAGCAGGGUUGGCAGGCGGAGAAGGAAAGCAACGACGAGUCGUGCUGGACUGCUCUGGUGGUCGACCAGGUGUUGUAACAGUACCUUUGGAACGCAGUUUCCGCUUGCCUGGCGCUCUGCACAGCUGAAAUAAUUAUUUUGGCAUCUGGAGAACAUUUUCAUUGGUUCCGUGUGGCACGUGAAGGGCUUGGCUUGCGUAUACAGUAUAAUUAUGUCAGUAUCGAAUAUCGUCUAUAUGGCCAGCAUACUUUCAUAGUACCCAUACACGUACACGUCGGAGUGCGAGAGGUAUUUUGGUCGUUGCCGACCAGAGAGUGAGUGGUGCGCAUCAGCUCACCGCCAUAAGGUUUGCUAUCCGUGUCUAGUCUUGUGGAGCUUUCCUGGCCGACGAAACGCCGACUCGCACAUCAGUACAAGCAGCAUUUGUGCCCGUCCGGCCCCUGUCGAGGCUAUCGGCAUUUGCGGACACCGCGUAGCCAGUACAGGCAGCGUAGAACUAACUUGAAGUGUGCCAUGCUGCAAUCACUGCCACUGGUUCAUUUCUCGGUGUAGUGGAAAGCCAGGCGAGCGAACAUUUCUGGAUUUGAGCCGAGAGCCAGCUGCCAAAGAGUGCGCUGGUUAGUCUCGAACAGGAGCGGGCAGGGUCCGCAACCCUCCGACAUUGUGCCAAGAGGCAACCGUGCUCAGCGAAGCGUGAAGCGUUACUCUUUCUCUUUCAUUUCGCCUGCUAGUGAACUGCGCUUCGCUUGCGAGUUGCGUUCCGGACUCUGGCUGCGAGGGACGGAACGUGGACUGGAGAGCGCACCUGCUAAGGCCAGUAAGGGCUUUACGUACUGGCAGUGUCCCGAUGGUGGUCCGUUGAACCCAGUGACUCCGAGUUGGUGCUAACCCACGACGGAGCAAGGGGAGUUGUUGGCAGGCAUCAGUGGCAGUGCAGUGGAAGUCGUCUCCUGGAACACGACGUCGUACACAUGACAGUGUGUGCAUGUGUGCACUGGCCUUGUAAAAUCGAGUCGUCUGUCCGCCCCAAGACCCAGUUAGCGGAGGAGUGUAGUCAAUGUGUAGUGUUAUUAAGAUUUAUUUAGUGACACAAGUGUGUCUCUGGGUGCUCUGCAUGGUGCCCCGUCAGCUCAGCCUGUGCCAGCUUAGCUAGGACGUGUGCGGUAGAAGCACCAAACUGAAAGUGCACCGUGAUUAGCAGAGCAUCCACCCCAGAUAGAAACCAUUCGUUGCAACACUGCCGCCAGCUCCCACAUCCAGUGCGAGCCGCGCGGCACCCUGUCGAGUACCGGCCAGUCGCGAAGCGCGAAUCGUCACGCGCUCGCUCGCCCAGCGGUGCCAUGUAUCAGCGUCUCCAAGAUGACGGAGCGGACUCGACUGCAGGCGACCCAACGCUGCCAUCGCUGGAGGGAGAGCGGGCCGGGAGCCGAUCGCGCGAGCUCUUCGAAGAGGACUCGGCGCAGCAGCUGGCCUCGGGCGCGCACAAGCCGUGGUGGAAGGCGAACUUCUUCAUCCGCGGCCCGGUGCUGUUCGGCACGUGGGACGGCGUGUUCACGACGGUGAUGAUCAACAUCUUCGGCGUGCUCAUCUUCCUGCGCAUGGGUUGGAUGAUCGGGUACGCGGGCGUGGGCAUAGCCUCGCUCAUCAUCCUCCUGACGAUCGUGCUCGGCGUGGUGACCAUCAUGUCAGUCAUCAGCUUGAUCAAACGCCAGGUGAAGCACACGGAAAUGCACCAGGCCUCAGGCGCCGGCAUGGACAACAUGGCCACGUACGACGUCUUCUCCAUGAUCGGCUUCGUCCUCGGGGAGCGCAUCAGCGGCAGCGUCGGCAUCGUGUACGCGUUCGGGCACGCCGUCGCCGUGGCGAUGUACGCCGUCGGCCUUGGCGAGGCCAUGUCCGACCUGUUCCACUGGCACGGCGUGUGGCCCAUCCGCGGUGUGGCGCUCGGCACCACCUUCGUACUGAUGCUGGUCGUGCUCUCGGGGGUACGCUGGGUCGUAAAGUUACAACUCAUUCUCAUGCUGAUCCUGACGGUGGCCAUCUCGGACUUCACGAUUGGCACGCUGGUGCGGCACUCGCCCUCGAACGGCGUCCUCGGCUACAGCGCCAGCCUGCUGCACAACAACACGCCGCCGGCGUUCACCCGCGACGUCACCUUCUUCAACGUGUUCGGAGUGUUCUUCCCGACGAUGACGGGCGUCGCCGGCGGUCUCAACAUGGCGUGCGAUCUGAAGACCCCCGGCCGGAGCGUUCCCGUGGGAACCGCGUCGGCGCUGGUGGUGAGCGGCGUCAGCUGGAUCGCCAUGGCGAUCAUGCUGGGCGCCACGUGCACGGCGCACGCCCUGCAGACGGACACGCUGAUCGAGUACCGCGUCUCGCUAGUGGGCGCCUUGUUCCUGAUCGGGCUGUACGUGUCGUCGUUGUCCUCGUGCCUGGCCGUGUUCUACGGGGCGCCGCGUGUCCUGCAGGCCAUGGGCCGCGCCAAGAUCGUGCCACUGCUGUCUGUGAUCGGCGUGGGACACGGGCCCAACAAGGAACCGCUCAUCGCCAUCGUGGUCGUUGGCCUGGUGGCGUUCGUCUUCGUCUUCGUCGGCCACCUUAACACGCUGGCCGUCCUGAUCAACAUGCCCUUUCUCCUCACCUACUCCGUGCUCAACUAUGCGGCGUUCUCGCUGGCGCAGAGCGACGAUGGCAUCGCCUGCGUCAGCGACUCGAAGCGUCCGCUCAACCGCCUGGGCUCUCUGUACCGGGGCCGCAGCGCCAGCAGCACUGCCAGCAGUCACGAGACCGAAAGCAUCGACGAUACGACUGCGGCGGGGGACGAUCCUGCCGAGAAUCACUCCCCAGGCGAGAAGAGCCAGCCGGAUGAUUCGCCGCCUGUCAACCGCGUCCAUUUCACCGAGAAAGAUCGCCUCAUUAGCGACCCGAUUCCGGCCAAGUCGACGAGCGAGGAAAGUGUAUUUGGCGACACCAGCUCAGGGCUGCGCCACAGAUCAGCAGCGCAGGGGAAAGUCCGUAGGUUUCCGCGCCUGCGACGCCUACAGGAGCGCCUGGGCAUGCUAGAGGAGGACCGUGUGCGGCGCGAGGAGACCGCCGUCCGGUUUCUCAACCGCAUGGCGAACCGAUGGCUGUCGUUGCUGGGCUUCUUCAUGUGCCUGAUCGCCAUGUUCGUGAUCCACUGGGGUUUUGCGUUGGCCGCCGUGUGCAGUGUGCUAAUCCUGUUCAUCUACAUCGGCCACGCCAACCCCAGCUUGGGCGGCGGUGAGACGUCGUUCUCCCUAGCGCUGUGGAUACCGCAGAUAGCACGGCGCCUUCAGGGCUGUUGUCGACGCUCCGAUCCCGGCAAGGCGGGCGACGGAAAAGCAGCACAAUUUCCCCCCGUGGAGCGGAGCGUGAUCGUGACGCAGCCGAAGGUCCCGUUCGAUCUCAGCGUGGUUCAGCUCACCGUGGAGAGUACGGACUAUAGUCGGCGCGAGCGAGUGCACCACUCCGUACAGCAGACACGACCCUCGGACGAGUUCACCGCUCCGCCCUAACAGCGCAUCCGGUGAUUUCUGCGGUCCUUACCCUCCCCCGAACACGUCAUGUGUGCCGUGGAUCUUUGCACUCAGGAACGUUAUUAGAGCAAACUACUUACGAAGUUACGUGGCAUCGUGACUGUUGCAUGACCCUGCAGUCCCCCCUCUCCGAACACGGCAUGUCUUGUGCCGUGUGUGUUUACGUGCAAACUAUGUAGUGCCGUGACUCUACCCGGGGACCAUUCCUUCAAUACGGGUGGUGAGCCGUGUCGGUCUGCUAGCGAAAAAGUGCCGGAUAAUGUGUACCGGCCCUCACACCCAGAUCCUGGCGAGCUAAGACCAUUGUCACAACAUUACCUCAUCAACGGCUUGCCUUGGUGAGGUGACGGUUUCUAGAAAACAUCUUCUCAAGCUUUAAUACGACUAGGCUCGAUCGAUAUCCGGUUACUUAGAUAUGCGUUAGGCUAGUUAUUUAUUACUCCUGGACGAUUUGAGAAUUGGCUCACGCAAGAGCAGUGCUUGAUGCAGUGACCGACACUGUUCGCUUUUCGAAAUGUUGAUCAUCAGUUAUGUCGACUCUAUGUGUUUUAGCGGCUCCUAAUGGAAGAUUGCGUCACUUCUAUUCCAAAUAUCUUACUUUGUUACAUUUCUCUUUCUAGCUCCAGUUCACACCCUGUUUUUCACACCAUAUUCUCGUCCACCCUACCUCUUCUUUUCUUUUUCGUCUCUCUCUCUCUCUCCCCCUUACUAAUUGCAUUGCAGCCAUCUCCUCCCGUGUGUCAGGAAUCAAAAGAAAACAAGUUGAUUAAUUCCGGUUCUAUUGCGUCUGCUGAUGAUCAUUAUUACUAUUUUCCAUUCUCUCGUUUAACCUUAUUAUUGUAGGCAUAAUGCCCUUCCAUUUUCAUCAACCACGAGUUGAUCUUAUGUUGCAACUUGAUUUCCUGAAAUGA